GAGGUUUUGCGCGGAGCCGCGUGCGCCCGGGCGGCCAUGGCGCUGUUCCACGUUGCCCGGUACGCGGGGCCCGAGGCGGCCCGGCAGGCGGAGGCGGAGGCGGUCGGCCGGGCCCGCGCGCUGCUGGAGCGGCUGCAGUGUCGGGCCCGAGAGCGGCAGCAGCAGCGGCAGCGGGAAGCCUCGCCCCCCGGCGCGGCGGUGCAGACCGUGGAGGCGGCGGGGAAGCGGCGGCGGCGGCCCCGAAGGCGACGGCGAGCGAGCAGCGGGGCACCGGGUACGCCUGACGAGCCGCGGGAGAAGCGGCAGAAAACGGGCGCCGAGGCCGCGGACACAGGUGGGACCUGGGCGGGGCGGUGUCUCCGCUCGAGCAGGGCCUCCCCCGGGAGACCGCGGUCCGAGUACCGGUUUGACUCUCCGGGUUUCUUUCGAGCAGAAUACGGCGACGAGGUGCCACAGGACGACACUGUGGAGGCAGAGGCGGCGACAGAGGCCCCAGACGGAGGCUUCCUGGAAGAGGCCUGUGGGUCCCCGGCCCGCGCCCUGGUCCUUGGAGGCUUCGGGAAGAGGAAAGCAACGAAGGUCCAGCCGUUCCUGCCAGAGUGGUUGGCCAAGCCAAGCUGUGGUGGACAGAAUGUCCCCCAGGACCUCGUUCCCAUCCAGGACAUCCCCGAAGUCCACCCUGAGCUGCGCAGGAAGCUGCAGGCGCAAGGCAUCUCCUCCUACUUCCCAGUCCAGGCGGCGGUGAUCCCCACCCUGCUGCGGAGCGCGGCCUGUGGGCUCUUGGUGGGGAGAGGUGGCUGCCGCCCCAGUGACCUCUGUGUUUCCGCUCCGACGGGCAGCGGAAAGACACUGGCGUUCGUCAUUCCCGUAGUGCAGACCCUGCUGCGCCGAGUGGUCUGCCACGUGCGGGCUCUGGCUGUCCUGCCCACCAAGGAGCUGGCCCAGCAGGUGAGCAAGGUGUUCAACGUGUACACAGAUGCCACGCCUCUGCGAGUCGCCCUCAUCACUGGACAGAAGUCGCUGGCCAAGGAGCAGGAGAGCCUUGUCCAAAAAACGGCAGAUGGCUACCGCUGCCUGGCGGACAUCGUGGUGGCCACCCCCGGCCGCCUGGUGGACCACAUUGACCAGACCCCCGGCUUCAGCCUCCAGCAGCUCCGCUUCCUGGUCAUCGACGAGGCUGACCGCAUGAUCGACAGCAUGCACCAGGCCUGGCUACCGCGCGUGGUGGCCGCCGCCUUCUGGAGCGAGAGCCCCCCGGGUCCCUGGGCACCACUGCAGCGGAGGCAGGUCCCGGUGGUGACUGCUGCCAGUACCUGCUGCCCCCAGAUGCCGCUGCAGAAGCUACUCUUCUCGGCCACCCUGACUCAGAACCCCGAGAAGCUGCAGCAGCUGGGGCUCUACCAGCCUCAGCUCUUCUCCUUGGGGCUGGCGCACAGGAGCCCCGAGGGCAGCAGUGGGAACGUGGGCGGGAAGUACGCCUUCCCUCCCGGGCUCUCGCACUCCUACGUGCCCUGCAGCCUCAGCUCCAAGCCGCUGGCCGUCCUGCACUUGAUCCUGAAGAUGAACUUCUCGAGGAUCCUCUGCUUUACCAACUCACGCGAGAACUCCCACAGGCUCUUCCUGCUCGUCCAGGCCUUCGGGGGCGUGAGUGUGGCCGAGUUCUCCUCCCGCUUCGGGCCUGGGGAGAGGAAGGGCAUCUUGAAGCAGUUCGAGCAGGGGAAGAUUCAGCUUCUCGUCAGCACAGACGCCACGGCCCGGGGCAUCGACGUGCAGGGCGUGCAGCUAGUGAUCAACUACGACGCCCCCCAGUACCUGAGGACCUACGUGCACCGGGUUGGGAGAACGGCCCGGGCCGGGAGAGCUGGUCGGGCCUUCACGCUGCUUCUCAAGGUGCAGGAGCAUAGAUUCCUCCGGAUGGUGACAGGAGCGGGAGUGCCGGAGCUGGAGCGGCACGAGGUCCCCAGCGAGAGCCUGCAGCUGCUGGUGCCUCGGUACGAGGAGGCCUUGGCCCAGCUGGAGCAGACGGUCAAGGAGGAACGGAAGCAGAGGGCGGCCUGGGGGCGAGCCCUGGAGGACAGAGAAGAAUCCUGAGUUCUGCCUGCCGCGUGAGCCAAAAAUAAGGUUUGCUGAGGAUUCAGCCAUUUGCACCAUCUCUUCCUGAUGUGGGAAGCGAGGCGACUUUGCUCACUGGCCGAGAGAGCCGCCGGCAGUGGGACAGGGGCUUUCUGGCGGCAGGUCGGGCCUGAAAGCAGGUCAGACUGUUUUGGAGAUAACAUUGGGCAGCCGCCAAAGACCACAUGUGACCGUGUUUGUUGCAGUUUUGGCCGCGGCAGGGACAGCUUUUCCACAAACACCAACCUGUUCAUCACACUGGAUUUGAAAGGUCGCCAGAGGACGCGCUGCCCGUCUCACACCGGAGCCGGACCCGCUUUCUGAGACAGCUGUGUGGGCAGCAGCACGUGGACGUCAUCGUCACUCACCACCCAGGUGCAAAUAAACCCACCACAGGAAAACGAGCUCUGGAAGCAUUGAUCCACCUCUAUAAGAGUUUGCUUUCAAAAAAUUUGUAUGCUACUAUUAAACUUUUUUU